AUGGAGCUUCAAGUUGGAAACAAGUUUCGUAUCGGUCAUAAAAUUGGUAGCAGAACUUUUGAAAAGAUCUAUCUCAGUGAUACCAAUAUUCAGACAAAUGAAGAGGUUGUGAUUAAGCUUGAAAAUGUCAAAACCAAGCACCCUCAAUUGUUGUAUGAAUCAAAACUGUAUAAAAUACUACAAGAAGGAACUGGGAUCCCAAAUGUGAAAUGGUAUGGCGUAGAAGGAGAGUACAAUGUGCUUGUGAUGGAUUUACUGGGCCCUAGUCUUGACGAUUUAUUCAAUUCCUGUAGUCGGAAAUUGUCUCUCAAUUUCUGUAAUAGUAUUCACUAUUCAGUUGAGACAGUUAAUUGCUUGUUACAAUUUAUGCUAGUUGAAUAA